CCACCGGGUUUCUUGCCCUGGAGUCCGACCUCGCGGCUCUCACGGCUCACAUGAGAGGGAUCCGCAAGAAUGGCAUGGAGCUGCCGCCACCGCACGCCUGCUUUCCUCUUCUUCGUUGUGCAAGUUUGCCUUGUCCCCCGAGCGUUUGCCUCGUCGUCCCUGGCGAUCUCGCCAAGCACACUGUCUCUGAGGGUACCAAGGCCAGUGUUACCUAGGUUUAACACGGCCUCUCUCCAGAAUCUGAAAUAUUGGUCACGUACGACUGAUGGGAGAUCUGGCAGUCCUUCGCCGCCGCUGGUAGCCGGCCUUUCGCCACCGCCGCCUCAUGCCUUGAAGGGGGAGCCGAUGGGUGGAUCGCUCAGAUCGCAAGAUCCAAGAACCUCUUUGGCAGGGGCGUCGGGCGAAAAGGCGACGGAGGCGGGAUCGCGCGAUGACCACGGCUCCCCGGCUGAGAUCGGGCGGGGCCAGGGGAAAUUCACGCAAUGGCGUGUUUAUUUCUGCGCCGAGACGGAUCCUGGGAAUUGGAUUGAAGGCCGCGUCCGUUUUACUCCUCAUUCGCGAUGGCUGGUUUUCUUCGAUUUGGAGAAUGCCAUCCUUGCCGGCGACUACUGGCCGGACGGCGACUCGAUCGAGGUAGGGCGUCGUUUCAAGAUUGAUGGAUUUGACGUGCUGGUUGAUGAAUGUGUGCAGGUGGAUCUUCGUUCGAAGAGACCGGAGCUGAUUGACCUGACGGAAACGAGGCUUCAUGGAAAAUCGGGAGGGCGAUUUUGGGCUCUUAUUGACAGCGACGAUGAAGAUCAAGGGGAAGAUCACAGCUUCUCACGUACUGAGGUGUGUCCACAGGGUACGGAACCGACGGAGACGCCGGCGCUCAUAGGGGCACCAGAUCGUCGUCAUUCGAAAUUUCAAAAAGUCAAGCCGAAAAUGAAGCCCUGGAUCGGUCCAAUUCCUAAGGUAUUCCGCGAACCCAUCACUUUGUCCGAUUUUUUGGCGGAUUCUUGGACUCUUGUUACUCGAAAGAAGAAGAAAGCAAAGCAGAGUCGAUCGUCACCGCCGCAUAGGUCGCCGGUGGCGAGGUCGAUGAGCGAGAUUCGAACUGCCAGACGGGCCUGUUUGAACUCGUUAUUGGGUCCUGAGACUGUGUUGGAUGCGGAAACGAUCGUGGGCUCCCUAGCCUCGGGCGAGGCCCUGCUAGGAGUCCAAGCCUUGCCCGACCCACCACGUACUUGCGUGCAUGACGCGGGCCACUGCCCAGCCAGCGAGGGCCGCCGCCCGUCGUUGGUGCCGCUGCUGCCGCUGGUGCUGGACGUGGCUCUCCGCUCUUCGCUGCUGCGGGAGUUGCUGGGGGCGGCCGUGCCGUUCCUAUCGCCACUAAUGGCGGUGCUGCUGGACGUGGGGGGCUCCGCAGGCGCAGCACACCGGAGCAGCUGCCGGCCGUGGUGCUCAACCACCCACACGGCCGGGUCCGGUCGUGGCUUCCGGUUCUCUGACGCAUCCGCGGGCAAUCGCGAGUCAGACUGA